AUGUCCACAUUGAUCUGCAACGCCCGUCUUUUCGACGGCUACAAAACCAUCUCAGAAGACGGGCAUGUGCUCAUCGAGUCUGGCCGCAUCUCCAAGGUUUCUCUCGACCAGCCACUCUCAGCACCGGCGGGCUGUGCCGUCCUCGAUGCAAGAGGUUGUACCUUGAUACCAGGCUUGAUUGAUGCCCAUGUCCAUGUAUUCGAGGAUGUCAAUCUCUUGGAAACAGCUAUCAAAUAUGGUGUGACUACUGUACUUGACAUGCACAAUGAGCGCGAAUGGUUCAAAAAGAUCAGUGCGAUUACACGUCAGCGUCAUGAUGUGUCAGACGUCAAGUCUUGUGGAAGUGCCGCAACAAUUAAGAAUGGUUGGCCAUCUGCAAUUGUCAGGCUUGUGUCAAAGGAAGAAAAUCUCGAGGAACGCAUAUCCAAGUGGCCCAAUGUUCAUGAUCAGCAAUCAGUGGAUGAAUGUAUUGCUCAGAACAAAGUUGUUGGGGCAUCGUUCACCAAAUUGAUGCAAGAAGAUGGGCACACUAUGGUGAUCCCCUUUCCAGAGCGCCCCGUUCCGACACCAUCUCUCGAAAUUCAGAAGAUGGUGGUCGAGGCAUCGCACAAGGAGGGCUUCGUCGCUGUUGCUCACGCCUUGACUAAUCAUUCCACUUUGCAAGUUCUACGUGCUGGCGUUGACGGUCUGGCACACGCCUCCAUCGACCCCAUCACAGAUGAGGUCGUCCAGGCAUUCAAGAAGAAUAACGCUUUUGUCAUCCCAACCCUGGUCGUCCACGCAUCCUCAAGUGGCGAGGAGCAGGAAACUCGAGAGAUGUUCUCGAAACAUCUUCACGGCGCCGACAAGGAACACAUGCUUGGGUGUCUUCACAUCACCUCAGACAAGUUCACUAUCAAGAAUGUCUAUGAGCAGGUCUACACGCUGAAGGAAGCCGGAAUCGAUGUUCUCUGUGGAACGGACACGUCGGGCGAUCUUCCCGGCACUCGAGGUGGCAUUUCCGUGCAUCAAGAGCUCUGGAUGCUGGUGAACCGAUGCCGCUUCACGCCUAUCGAAGCCCUCGCUUCGGCGACUUCGAAGAUCUCAGAGCGUUUCCGUCUAGCCGAUCGCGGCGUGAUUGAGGAAGGCCGCCUCGCCGAUCUCGUCUUGGUUUCGGGGGACCCAACCGAAUCAAUUGACGCGGUCCGCAACGUCAAGACGGUCUGGCGAAAUGGUGAGGCUGUUUUCAAUAGUUGA